CGGCUUCCAUUUCUGUUCUGGAACACACGAGCCCUCGCGAAUACACAUUUGCUUUUUUGAAUUUGUCUUCUAGUGUAAAUAGAGUAGUAAGUGCGACAUAUUGACGAAGUGAAACCUAUUUAUAUUUGGAUAAAUAGUGUUGUAUUUUUACGCUAAAGGGCACGUUUGAGCUCCAGAAGAAGCGAGGCGGGCUUUUAUUCCCCAUUUUAACUUUAGUGAGCGGUGUUUUCCGCCGUUUUUUUUAAUUCCCUCCCCUGCCCCUCUCUCGCGCUCCCCCCUGUGAGAGUCGAGGCCUGUAGUGCAGCCACGAGGCGCGUCGGACCACCGGGAAUCAGGCGAUGGCGGAGUUUGGUAACGGACUGACAGAGGAAUCUCUGCUGGACUCAGACCCGGGACACUCCGAACUUGAAGACCCAGGCGUCGGAGAUGAAGAACCGGGAUUAGACGAGGGAGAGGCCGCUAUUGAAGAUCCGGAGCUGGAGGCAAUUAAAGCCCGGGUGAGAGAGAUGGAGGAGGAGGCAGAGAAACUGAAGGAGCUACAGAACGAGGUGGAGAAACAGAUGAAUCUCAGUCCUCCACCUGCUGGCCCUGUCAUUAUGUCCAUUGAAGAGAAGAUGGAAGCAGAUGGGAGAUCUAUUUAUGUUGGAAAUGUGGAUUAUGGUGCGACGGCAGAGGAGUUGGAGGCGCAUUUCCAUGGCUGUGGUUCCGUAAACAGAGUCACCAUCUUGUGUGACAAGUUUACAGGACACCCCAAAGGGUUUGCAUAUAUAGAGUUCGCAGACAAGGAGUCUGUUAGGACAGCCAUGGCACUGGAUGAGUCUUUAUUCAGAGGAAGGCAGAUUAAGGUUGGGGCCAAGAGAACAAAUCGUCCUGGCAUUAGCACCACAGACCGCGGUUUUCCUCGGGCCCGCUUCCGCUCACGGGGAGGAAACUUCUCAUCCCGUGCACGCUACUACAGUGGCUACACCCCUCCCAGAGGCAGAGGACGGGCCUUUAGGGGCCGAGGGCGAACAACAUCGUGGUACUCCCCCUACUAAUACCUCCCCACCCCCCUAUGAAAUCCCCCCUUACUAUCAUCCCGUAUCCCUAUAAAAAAAGAAAAAAAGACCCCUCUCAAAAAAGGAAGGAAAAAAAAUGAAGAAAAAAAAGACAAAAAAAAAAGGGGGCAUCUCCAGGAAAGACAGACUGACUGGCCGCAGUGUGCGAUUGUGUGUGCGCGUGCGUGUGAGGAGGUGUUGCGAUCGCCCUGGUAAGGUACAAUAUGGCCAUUGGGGAGAUUUGGUGGCAUUUGUUUACAUUUGAGAAGAUGAUGUAAUCUCAGGCUGCAGAUGUGUGUCCUUUUGUCUGGCUGUGAUUUUUCUCUCACCAAACAGCCCCUCUUAUGUUUGCACUAGAAGGCAAACAGAAAAAAAAAAUUGUUAGCUUUUUUUUUAUGAUUGUAACGUGAAUAUGUGAACAAUUUAAUAGCAAGAAUGUUGUUGUUUUCACAAAGUUGUGCUAUUUGAGAUCAUAUUCUCUAUUAUUUGUCUGUGCUCUCUGGAAUCCCUUUUCCCUCCCAGCACUGGUUUCUUUCCUGUUCAUCCCUCACUCGGAUUACUUCCUCCACCUGUGUUAUUCUGACAGUGGUUUAGAGUUUGGCGUUGUUUUUACGUUUUACUGUUCUUGAACCAUCUUCCACACCAUACGACUAUUGUAAGAUGACAUGGCCUGAGCUCUGAGAUCUUUUCUUUUGUGUUUUAAUAGUUCUUUUUUGACUUGCGCUGCCAUAUGCCAUCCCCGACCAUCCUUUCCCUGUUCGUGUGCUGCUGCUCCUCCACCCUUCUGUCUCUCUUGCUCUUUCUCUCUCUUUGUAUAUUAGACCACUUCUUGUCGUUUCAGGUUUCAGGACCAGUGGAGGCUGACUACCCCUCCUCCCGUGGCUGCGGCGCCCCCUACCGUCUCGGCGGCGUCUCUGUCUCUUUCUGCUCCCGCUAUGCACACUCACCCCAUCCUCUCCGUCUGGGGGGGCGGGGGAGGGGGACAGGGCGACCACCGGCCCACUGCGGGAGGCAUUUAUUACAAUAACAAGCGCUGAGCUUUACCGACAUGAAUAUACUGAGAUGCACCAGGCCCAUGUUAACACAGACAGACACAACGCAUACACCGCACACAUCCACCACAAAUUUAUAUAUCAUGAAGGCAGAGCCAUGAUAGAGCAAUGGCUGCUUAAAUUGCGAGUGAGUGAGAGAGGCAGGACCAGAAAGAGGUUGAAGAGGAGGGUUCUUCUAGAGCCUUGUCUUUCUCAGUGCACAGUGCAGUUAGGGCACGAUGGAGCACUAACGCGUGGGCUACAGGUAUCGGUUACUUAAGGAGGGCUUCGGAGCUUUUAUUUCGUGGGGGGGGAGGGGGGAGGGGUUGUGUGGAGAGGGGUUUCUCGUUUCCGUUCGUUUUCCUUUUUCAGAUGGGGGAGUGGGUAUGGAUGAAAAGAGAAAAGAUGUUUUCCUUUUUUUAUUUUAUUUUUAACCCAUGAGUCUGUAAUUAGAAAAAAAAUAAAAGACAUUGUGUAAAAAGUA